GGCCCCAGGAUGCCGACCUGGGGGAUCCUGCCCGUCACGCUGCCCGCCUUCACCAUCACCGGCAUGUGGAUCGUGUACGCCAUGGCGCUCUCCAACAACCACAUCUGCCCCGUCCACAACUGGAAUUACAACCAGUCGUGUGGCGUGGACGGCCCUGGCUCCUGCUGCACGCUGGACCACAUCCCCCUUGUCAGCAAGUGUGGCACCCUGCCUCCCGAGAGCUGCUUCUUCAGCCUCAUCUGUAGCCUGGGCUCCUUCAUGGUCAUCCUGGUGGGGCUGCUGCGCUAUGCCCACCUCCUGGAGCGCCUUGGGCCGUCCCUCCUCAACACCCUGGGGCUGGCCACCGGCUGGGUCUGCGCCGCCGGCCUCACCAUGGUCGGCAACUUCCAGGUGGAUCAUGCCAAGGUGCUGCAUUACAUCGGGGCGGGGGUGGCCUUUCCCACCAGCAUGCUGUUCCUGCUCCUGCAGUCCAUCCUCACCUAUCGCAUGGCCAAAACCCGCGGGCAGUACUGGACCGGCCACUUACGUAGCAUCCUCACUGCCAUGGCCUUCAUCACCCUCGUCUUCAGGAUGCCCUCCGGCGGUGUGUUCUUCAUCCAGGAGAGCUUCGUGCUGCAGCACGUGGCUGCCCUGUGUGAGUGGAUGUUCAUCAUCGAUGUCCUGGUCUUCUACGGCACCUUCACCUUUGAGUUCGGGGCCAUCUCCACAGACACCUUUCUGGUCCUGCUGAAAGCCAGCCGGGCCCCCAAAAGUUACAAAGGCGAGAGCGGCGUGUCCAGCACGGCCCACAUCCACAGCCAUGCAGAGGGUCUGGCCAUGGCCUGACCCCCACAGGGGGCGGCCUCCAGGCUCACGCUGGGGACCCCCAAAUCGGGCUCUGCCAGUGACUCCCCCGUCCUGAACAUCUCCGAGAUCCCGGCUGCCUCUGGGUGCGUGGGUGCAUGGGUGUGCACGCGUGGGUGCGCGGUGCCCUCCCCUCCUGGUGGGUGUCUCCUGCAGGAACUGCCCCCUCCCUGCCUGCAGGGUUUGGGGUCACUGGUGGGGUGCGGGGGUGCCAGCCUGGUGCUGCUGCCGGCAGAGCAGGGAUCUUCCCCUGAGCCUUCAGAGUUGCCCUGUCCGAGUCGGGGGCUGUUGGAGGCAAUCAUACAGAGGCCCCCUUCUGUAAGGGAUGUGGGGGAACAGGGGGCUCACCCUCCCCUCUCCAUGCAGGCUUGGUGUGCUGGGGAGGGGGAAUUGCCCUUCCUCCCUCCUCUGUGGCCAUGGGGGCAGGGUUAGGCAGGGCAAGCCUUCCAGCCAGCCACUGUGACUGUCAGAGGAGCCAAAAACCCUGAGUGCCUUUUUCCUUCCUCGGCGGGUGAUGGCAGUGCCAGUCUCUCUGCACCCCCAGUGAGGAUGGCAGCAGGGGGUCUCUCCCUGCCUGCCCAGGUAAGGGUAGUGCCUUGCACUGCUGCAGGAUGACACCAGCAGCCCCGGUUGGACCGCGCUGGCCCUCCCAGCCAGGGCUCUCCCUGUUCAGGGCCUUCUGUGCCUCCAGUCCAUGACUUUCCCACGUUUUUUCAGCUUGGAGGAGAAUUGCUGAGGCAGGUUUCACCUCCUGGGCCACGGGAUUCCCAUGGUCCCUGGCGGUCAGCUAGGUUAGGAAAUGGGUCUCUGCGUUUACUGUCACACCGGGGAUGUCCUGCAAGCACAGUGCCUGCAGAGUGGUGGCUUUCCCCUCCAUAGCACUGCCAGCCUAAGCUGUCCUGCCGUGAAGCCUGCACGCCCCAGCCCCGGUCUCCCAGCUCGGGGGUGGGCUAUAGCCAGCCCUCCCACCCGGGGAGCGCAGGCACAGAAAGGGGAAACACUGCCUGUGGGAGCAGAGGAAGCCCAUGCCCUGUUCUGCUGGGACUCCCAAAUCCGUCCUCCGGUGCCUUCUCCAGUGCUCAGCCUGGCCAGUGCCUGCCUGGUGAGAUGAGAGCCCGUCCCGCUCAGCCCCAGCCUCUUCGGGCUGAGCCCCAGCCUGGGAUGGCCCGGGCACGGGGCUGGGGUGGCUAUGGGGGAGUGUAGAGGGGGAUGAAUGUGUGUGUGUAUGUGCACGUGUAUGUAUGUGUAUAUAUAGAUCUACACAUAUGUAUAUAUACAUGUAUAUAUAUAAAAAAUUUCCCUUGUCCCUGGAGAGGGGCAUUUGCUGCUGCUGUGCACGUUGAUCAGGUUGGGCUUCCUGAUUUGCCUACCUGUUCAAAAUCGGCCUAUAAAUCCACCAGUACAUGUAGUUUGAGGAGGAGCAUUUCUGACUUUUAUAUCUAAUAUAUGUUUAAAAAAAUAUAUAAAGAGAGAACAGUGACUUUACAAUAAUAAAAGUGAA